AUGUACAUCUUCCUGGCCCUUCUUUAUGUCUCUUUGGUGGCUCCUGGGUGCUCAAGAUUUCUAACAAAGAGAGACUCCACCAGAAAUAGUAUACAAAGCAUCAUAACCAUAGCCAAGAUAACCCUGGUCCACAUCAAGAUGGUAAGGACAAAGUUUCCAUUGGAUCCACAGAUAGAAACCAGCACUCCUUCCAUAGAGGGACUGACUAGUAUCUGCCAUGACCUCGGACAUUUAGAAAAUGAGCUGCAGAACCCUUUCACAGAUGUCGUCGGCCAGAUUGUGGCUGAUGUCUCCAGUUUGGAGGGAAGGGUUCGUUCCUUCACCCUGACUAUGGACUGUCCCAUCCAGGCACGACCCAGAGGAGAGACGUCCAACACCAACUUCCCCGACAGCCGGCUCCAGCUGACUCUGACCAAGGUGCAGCGCUACCUGGAUGAGUUUCUUCUCCAAGAGGACAAACUCAAGGUCUGCUGA